AUGGAACCUUCGCGGCUCAACAGCGGGGCGAAGCAGUCUAGACCAAGACUUCGAGCAUAUGAGUAUGCACAGGAUGAGGGGGCACACAUCAUCGAGAUCCUUCGACGUGGAAUUAUCACCACCACAGACAGCCAGAAACAAUCCGAAGCCGGCGAACACUUGGGCAUACGUGCUCAAGCAGCCAAGCUGUUGAUUCGGGCCUUCCAGAGUGAAGGAGACUUGCUUUUGCAGAGAUCACCAUGGGCCUUGGAAAACCUCAAGGCUUUGAUGUGUCUCCUUGCAGCUACCACUCACAUCCAGGGCGUGCACAACGACGGUGCUGCGCAACUCACAAACAUCGGGAAUUGGGCUGCGUUUCCACCAAUGCCUUCCACCAAGACCUACGUAACAUCAACGUGA